AUGGAGAGCGCCCCGGGGCCCCCGGUCGGCUCGGAGGAGGACAACAGAGACUCGGACAGCCCGGAGGGUGGGGGCAGCUCCGGCCUCCAGUCCGCCACCGAACUGGCCUGGUCGGGGUCGGGGUCGGAAGCGGGGGCCGCAGAGGCCUCGGAGGAAAUCGCCCCAGCAGCAGCGGCCCCCGAGGCCCGGGAGGAGCCGGUGGCCACGGAGACUGCGGGAGAGGAGGGGCCGGGGGCUUCGGAAGAGCCGGCCCAGGCCCAGGCGGAGGCCGAGGAGGAGCAGGAGGACUCGGCGAGGAGAGCCGGGGAUGAGGCCGAGGAGCCAGCCCGGCCGCUGUCCGAAAGCGAAGCCGAGGAAGCCGAGGCCGGGGAGGAGGAGGAGGGGGAGGAGGGGGAGGAAGAGCAAGCGGAGGAGGAGAUAGAGCCGGAGCCGGCGGAAGCAAAGAGCCACGAGGAGAAAAGCCCGUCCCGGGGCCUCUCAAGGCGGGACCUCGCCGACCUCUCCGAGACAGUGACAGCCCGCAAGGCGGUGCCCGGGGAGGAGGAGCCCGAGGACGGCGAGGAGGAGGCGGCGGUGGACAGAUUCACCCCCGCGCCGCCGGUGCAGAAGGGGCCCCUGUACGGGGAGCCCCCCGAAGAGGAGCAGGAGCAGGGGCAGGGGCCCGAGGAGGGGGAGGGCGAGGCGUGGGGCUCGGGGUCGGAGAAGGAGCAGGAGGAGCAGCUGCGCCUCGAGCUCAUCCAACAGUACAACGCGCUGAUGGCCGAGCGCAGCCGCUACCAGCGCUACAACUUCUUCCUGCAGCAUAAGAUCAGCGAGGUGCUGCGCAGGAAGGGCCAGGAUGCCGCGGCCGCGGCGGAGGCGACGGACAAGGUGGCCGAGGAGGCCCCUGAGAAGGAGCAGACCUACCUGGGCUACGUGGCCAUGUUGGAGGACCUGCGGAAGCAGCAGGCCGACGACCUGGACUGGUACCACCAGGAGCUGGAGCAGCUGAAGCAGCAGUGCAGGUCCACGCUGGAGCAGGCCGACAAGGACUGGAGAAGGUUCCAGGCCCUGAAGAAGCAGGUGGUGAUGCAGGCCAUGGGCAGCUGCCGAAUGACGGGCGGGCGGCAGGAGGCACUGCGGCAGGUGGAGCAGAUCCAGGCGCUGGAGGACAGGAAGGAGAAGGAGAUGAGCGCCGUGAGGCUGGAAAACGUGCAGCUGAAGCAGUGCUUGGUGCACUUUGAGACCCGGAUGAGGGCGCAGGAGGACCUGACCCAGGGCCUGCACCUCAUCGACUUUGAGCAGCUGAAGAUCGAGAAUCAGACGUUCAACGAGAAGGUGGAGGAGCGGAACGAGGAGCUCCUGAAGCUGCGCAGCAAGGUCGGCAACAACGUGCAGACGGUGACACACGUGAAGGAGAAGCUGCACUUCGUUGACAGAGAGAACAUGAGCAAGAAGGUGCAGCUGCAGGAAAUGGAGGAGCAGGUGGCGCUCAGGAGGGACAUCCUGACCAAGACCAAGCAAGCUCGCGACAGCCUGCGGUUGGAGAACAUCAAGCUGAACCAGAAGUGCGGGCUCCUGGGCAAACACUCGCUCCUCCAGGACCUGGAGGACAAGGUGGAUAAGACGGAGCUGCUCAGGGAGCGGCUGGAGUCGCUGAAGCGGCACCACGCCAGCCUCAUGCUGUCCUGCAGGGGCAUGAAGCAGAAGAUCAGGGAGGCCAAGGCCUUUGUCCCCUCCUGAAGAAU